AUGGCAUCAAUAACUAGUGGAGGUGAUAGUGAACAUUUAGGUAUACCAAAAGCAGUAUUUGUUGAUGAUGUGGAUAGCUUUAUGCAACAAGCAGAAAAUGAUUCCGCAGAUACAGUUAUUCGAAGGUAAGUAAAGAAAUAGAUAGAGAUGUAUCGAUCUAAGCAUGUAUGUAUAGACUAACGGUGAACGUAUGAUAAAACUUUGGCAGUCUUGGAUUGGUCUCAAUUUUUUUCGGUCGGAUAGGUCAUUGCAAGAAAAUAUUUGAACUAGUGUCCUGCAACCUAGCACCUGCCUCGGCAAUUAAUGAAAUUUCGAUGUUUUAUAAUGUUUUUACUUUUUCAAACUGCUAAUUUAUAUAAAAGCAUAGAAGUGAAAAUCGAUUCGAUCAUGAUUGAGCAAUUUAUUGUACUUGAGAACAGCUCACAGAAGUGAAAAGCGAUAUUGUUUUACUAAAAGAACUCGUUUUUAAUGGAAAUUUAUCUACCGAUAAUGAUGAAGUUAUUGAAUACAUGGGAAGGAAUAUACAUUAUCGCACGGAACAAACCUUCAUGUUUGUAUCCGCAAUUAUGACACUUGACACCACUACUGCGUUCCAUUCCAACAUCACUGGCGACAAGCGAACAUAUACUUAGAGAAACUGAUCACAUUUUAGCCGCAGAGAAACACUAAGUGAAUUCUGAAUCACUGGCUUUUUUUUUUGGAAUUUGAGAUGAUCUUUUUUUUUGUUACUGUUUAUAAAAAAAACGAAGUAGUGUACUUGUUCAUAUUAAAUAAAAGUUUGAAAACCGUACUGUGACUGUGAAAGUAUCUGCCAGAUGUCGAUUGGCUUCGAGCGGGUCAGCUAUCCGGGUUCGGUUACUAAAAGACGUACUCGUGCAAGACACUAAUCAGAAUACAUAGGAAAUUCGUCAAAAUUCUUAAGUUCGAUUUUCUCGUUCGAGAAAAGCUUAAUUAUGUUUUAUAAAAUUCAGUAUGUUUCUUGAAAUAUGCGUUCACAGCUUUCAUUGUUAUCCUAUACGUGCAGGUUUAGAUCAAUUCACUAGUCUACGAUGGCAUCGAUGAUUAUCGUCAUCGUUGCAUCUUU